GACACAGACUUGCCCGUUGUUCUCGUCCCUGUCCCCGUUCCCUUCCGGCGAGACGAGCACGUGGCCGAACCAGCCUAACCCUAACCCUACCUACCUCUCUCUCUUUCCUUGUCGGGAACCUUCCAGAGGCGGCGGAUGGAGUCGUCCUCCACCGCCGGCGACGCCUCCGCGUCGGCUGCGGCGUCCUCUUCGGGCCCCUCCGCGUCCGCCGCCGUCGCGGGUGCCACCCAUUACCUCGCCAAGCGGGUGCUCCGGGGCAGCGCCGUGCUCCACGUCGCCGAGGGGCACUUCCGAUCGCCCUCCUCCGCCGAUGUCGUCCUCGGCAAGGAAACUUCACUAGAGUUGGUUGCGGUUGGUGACGAUGGUGUUUUACAGUCAAUCUGUGAACAAGACAUGUUUGGGAUUAUAAAAGAUAUUGGUGUGCUGCAAUGGCAUUCUAGACACAUUAGUUUGAUUCCACAGAUAGAACACAAAGAUCUUCUGGUUGUGCUUUCAGAUUCUGGAAAGCUUUCCUUUCUAUACUUUUGCUCUGAGAUGCAUAGGUUCUUCGCAAUUGCCAAUGUUGACUUAUCCAAACCAGGAAAUCUGAGGCAUCAGCUUGGAAGGAUUUUAACUGUAGAUCGAGAAUCUAAUUUUGUUGCUGUAAGUGCGUAUGAGGAUAAGUUCGCUCUUAUACGUGUUUCAGUGUGCCAGAGUCCUCAUGGUUCUGGAAUAGGUACCAUUUCUGAUAAGAAAUAUUUUUAUCCACCAGAAAAUGAAGAAGAUGCAAGAAUCGCAAGUGGUGCAUCUAGGACCAGCAUCCGCGGUACAAUUUGGUCCAUGUGCUUCAUAUCGACAUCCCUAGAUGAAGAAUAUUAUUCAGUUCUGGCAAUGAUAAUUCACAGGAAAGGCUCUGAUGUGAAUGACUUGUCAUUGUUUGGACGUGACUCCAGCAGCUGUGUUAUCAACCACAUCUCUAGUUAUUCAGAAACUGGACCAUUGGCAAUUGACAUAUCAGAAAUUCCUGAAAUGUUUGGCUUUGCACUUCUGUUCCGUGUUGGUGAUGCUUUACUGUUGGAUCUUAGAAACCCAAGGAACGUCUGUUGUAUCCGGAGAAUCACCUUGACGACUAGCCUGAUUGGAGAACCAGUCACUAUUGAAGAUUCCUGUCCAGGAUUAGACGUUGAUGACGAUGUGGCUGCUUGUGCUUUGCUAGAAUUGAGAGAUUCUGGUAAUAACAUAAUGAAGGAUGAUGGUUACAUGGACAUUGAUGGUUUUGACAACAGAUGCAAUGUAAAAUCAAGGGUUAUUUGCUCGUGGAGUUGGGAGCCGCCUGACCAUGUCAGGCGAGGAUGGGCAAGGUUGUUAUUUUGCUUAGAUGAUGGAGAAUUUCAUAUUUUGGAAUUUGCAUUGGAUGUUGAAGGAGUGAAGUUGUCCAUGUUUGAGUAUAUUGAUAGGGCUUUGCCUUGCAAACCUCUUUUAUGGAUGCAAAAUAGGAUGAUAAUAGGAUUUGUCGAGAUGGGAGAUGGAACAAUAUUUAAACUUGGACAUCAUAGAUUGCUUCAUAAAAGUACAAUUCAGAAUGUAGCACCAAUAUUGGAUGUAGCAAUUACUGACUACCAUGGUGAGAAACAGGAUCAGAUGUUUGCAUGUUGUGGAAUGUGCCCUGAGGGAUCUCUGCGAGUGUUACGGAAUGGUGUCAAUGUGGAGAAGCUUCUGAGGACUGAAGCUAUUUAUCAAGGUGUUACUGGUUUGUGGACUUUGAGAAUGAAGAUAACUGACGUUUACCACUCUUUUCUUGUGCUAUCAUUUGUGGAGGAAACCAGAGUACUGUCAGUAGGACUAAGUUUUAGUGACAUCAGUGAUGCUGUGGGAUUCCAGCCUGAUGUUUGCACAUUGGCAUGUGGUUUGUUAGCUGAUGGUUUUCUUGUGCAAAUUCACAGUAAAGGUGUAAAACUCUGUUUGCCUACAGUAUGCGCUCAUCCUGAUGGUGCCCCCUUAACUUCUCCAGUUUGCACAGACUGGUAUCCUGAUGUCACUAUCAGUGUUGGUGCUGUAGGACAUAAUACUAUUGUUGUUGCUACAUCAAAUCCUUGUUGCAUAUAUGUUCUUGGUAUCAGAUCAUCACCUUCUUUUCAGCACGAGUUGUAUGAGGUACAGCAUGUUCAAUUGCGAAAUGAAGUAUCUUGCAUAUCCAUCCCGCAAGAGGACUGGAGACAUGACAAUGCAGCUUCCAGUUAUGCAGAGGUUGAUGAUUUUUGUAGCAAACCCCCAGCUAAACUUAAUGUCCGCAAGUUUGCUGUCAUUGGAACUCAUAAGCCUUCUGUGGAAAUUAUCUCGUUGGAACCAGGAGAAGCAUUUAGGCUGCUAACUACGGGGCUUAUUUCAGUAAAUAAUGCACUUGGUGCUCCUAUUAGUGGUUGUAUACCUGAAAAUGUCAGGUUUGUUGCGGCUGAGAGGUUCUACAUUCUUGCAGGCUUGAGAAAUGGAAUGCUUCUCAGGUUUGAGUCAGAAGCAAGCGAGCAUUAUUUCCCUGGUUCCUUCUACAAGGACUCUUCUACCCCUUCUGUUAAUACACUCCUUCAGUUGAUUUCUAUACGGCGUAUUGGAAUCACUCCUGUAGUCCUUGCACCAUUGCAUGAUUCAGCUGAUGCUGACAUCAUUGUUCUCAGUGAUAGGCCUUGGCUAUUACAUGCUGCUCGACAUAGCCUGGCAUAUUCAUCAAUUCCAUUUCUGCCUGCAUCUCAUGUGACGCCAGUAUCAUCUGUUGAUUGCCCCAAUGGUCUGCUGUUUGUUGCUGAGAGCUGUUUGCAUUUGGUUGAAAUGGUUCACGGGAAAAGAUUGAACGCACAAAAAUUUUCAAUUGGAGGGACUCCAAGGAAAGUGUUAUACCACAGUGAAAGUAGAACACUGUUGGUACUGAGAACUGGGCUAAUUGGUGCAUCAUGUUCUUCGGAUAUUGUCCAAGUAGAUCCACAAAAUGGGGUAUUGCUUUCCAGAUUCAAAUGUGAACCUGGUGAAACAGCAAAAUGCAUGCAAAUUGCAAAAAUAGGAAGUGAUCAAGUUUUAAUUGUUGGGACUAGUAAAUCUCCUGGACGACCAAUGAUGCCAAAUGGCGAAGCAGAAAGCAGUAUCAAGGGACGCCUCAUUGUUUUAAGCUUGGAUACCGUUGAAAGUCCUUGUGAGAGCAGUUCAUUUAUCCCAACUUCUAGUUUCAAUACCUCUUUACAUACUGGCUCUCCGUUCCAUGAAAUUGUUGGAUAUACAACUGAAGAAUUUUCUAGUAACAGCCUGUGCAGCAGUCCUGAUGAAGUUUGCUGCAACCAAAUUCAAGCUGAACAAACGGCAGGACAUUUGAGAUCACUGACUCAUGCUACAUUGAGUGGUGCAGUUCUUGCUGUCUAUUCAUAUCUAGAUCGCUAUGUGUUGGCAGCUGCUGGUAAUACGCUUUAUGUAUUUGGUUUCGCAAAUGAAAAUCCUCAUCGGAUGAAAAAGUGUGCUGUUGGUAGAACACGAUUUACGAUAACUUGUUUGAAGACAUUUGCAUCACGGAUUGCAGUUGGCGAUUGUCGUGAUGGUGUUCUCUUCUAUUCUUAUAAUGAGAGUCUUAGGAAGUUGGAACUGAUCUAUUCUGAUCCUGCUCAAAGAUUGGUUGGUGAUAUUGCUCUUUUAAAUUGUGAAACUGCUGUGGUAUCAGAUCGACGUGGGAGCAUAUCUGUAUUAUCUUGCGCAAGAUUGGAAGUUUCAGAAAGUCCACAAAAGAACUUAGCCGUAAAUUGUUCAUUUUAUAUGGGUGAAACUGCUAUGAGCAUUCAGAAGGCUGCAUUUACGUAUCGGCUUCCAGUUGAUGAUGAUACCGAUCCGGUGCUUGAGUCGUCUUACAACUGUAUUGUGGCAAGUACGUUGCUCGGGAGUGUCUUCGUUAUGAUUCCGCUCACAAGUGAGGAACAUCAACUGUUGCAAGAUGUUCAAGAAAGACUCUCUGUACACCCAUUGACUGCUCCAGUCUUGGGAAAUGAUCAUACGGAAUUUCGUCGGCGUGGCAUCCCGUUGGGAGUACCUCCCAUUCUGGAUGGCGAUAUGCUUGUGCAAUUCUUGGAGCUCACUGGUGAACAACAGCAAGCCAUUCUUACACAUGCUUUGCUAGGGAAGGGGCCACAUAGGCCUGUCUCAGUUUUCCAGGUUUUGCGAACAUUAGAACGCAUCCAUUAUGCACUCAACUGAGGUCUUCUACAAUCUACUUGCAUGGCCUUUACAGUUUGAGAUGUCACAACUGAGGGUUUCUGCGAUCAACUUGGUUGACAUUUGCAGUUUUAGACAUCCUGUUCCUAUCUGAUGUCGCUAAUGUCGGUGUCAUGAUAUUAUGGGAUAGUGCGAACGAUGAUGCAACUAUAUUGGGAUGAUGCAACUGGAGCAUAAUACUGAAAUCUCAUGAUGCAAGCUUGUUUGUAACUCGCAAAGUAUCUUGUAGAGGCCUGGCUCGCACCAGAUUCGCUGAGAAGCCUUGUAUAUAACAUAUGUUUGUGAAGGGGAAUCAUUAUGAUUCCUGCUUGCCGGACAGUUGUGUGGAACAUCCUGGAUAGAAAAGCUGCUUUGUGGGUCUCUUUUGAUUCCUUAGAUAAUAUAAGCUGCUUUGUAGGUCUCUUUUA